GCCGCGGUGGCGGGAGUUUUCGGAUGUAUUGGCUCCAGCCCCGGCUGCAGCGGUUGGGCUGGCCUGGGCUGGCUUGAACUGAGAGCGCGGGUGACUAAACCGGGCAGGAGGACCUCCGAGGGUCCCCCAGAUCCCCGAUUGUAGUGUGCUGGACUGUUGGCUGUAGCCCGACCCCUGACCUGCGGAGAGCGAUGGACAGGCAUCGCCCGCGGCUGCACCUUCCGGCCCACGGCUCGGCCGCGGCGGCCCCUUAUCCCUCCUCCGCCUCGCUCCGCAGCUGCCGGGAAAGCAAGAUGCCGCGCCGGAAGGGUCCGCAGCCCGGCAGUCUGGAGGAACCUGGGGAGAAACGCCUUAAGUUUCAUUUAAAUAUUAAGACAUUGACAGAUGAUAUGCUGGAUAAAUUUGCCAGCAUUAGAAUUCCGGGGAGCAAGAAAGAGCGACUUCCUCUUCCCAACCUGAAGACUGCGUUUGCAAGCAGUGACUGCUCGUUGGCACAUUCAGAGAUGAUGGAAAACAUUCCAAAGCCGCUGUCGGAGGAUGAAGUCUUACAGCUUUUUGAAAAGAUGAUGGAAGAUAUGAAUUUAAAUGAAGAUAAAAAGGCACCAUUGCGGGAAAAGGACUUCGGUAUCAAAAAAGAAAUGGUGAUGCAGUACAUUAAUACUGCUUCGAAGACAAGAAGUCUUAAAAGUAGCCGACAGAUCUCACCUCAGGAAUUCAUCCAUGAACUGAAAAUGGUGUCUGCUGAUGAGAGACUUGCCACGUACCUGGAGUCCCUCCGAGUGUCUUUGACCAGUAAUCCUGUGAGCUGGGUGGAAAGUUUUGGACAUGAAGGACUUGGAUUAUUACUAAAUAUUUUGGAAAAACUGAUUAGUGGAAAAAUACAAGAAAAAGUUGUAAAGAAGAAUCAACACAAAGUCAUUCAGUGUCUAAAGGCUUUGAUGAAUACACAGUAUGGCUUGGAAAGAAUUAUGAGUGAAGAGAGGAGUCUUUCCUUAUUAGCCAAAGCCAUGGAUCCUAUGCACCCCAGUAUGAUGACAGAUGUGGUUAAACUCCUCUCUGCAGUGUGCAUUGUAGGGGAGGAAAGCAUCCUUGAAGAAGUGUUAGAAGCUUUAACUUCAGCUGGGGAAGAAAGACACAUCGAUAGGUUUUCGUCUAUCGUACAAGGACUUCGGCACAAUUCAGUUCAACUGCAGGUAGCUUGUAUGCAGCUCAUAAAUGCCCUCGUUACAUCUCCUGAUGAUUUGGACUUCAGGCUUCACAUCAGAAAUGAAUUUAUGCGUUGUGGAUUGAAAGAGAUAUUGCCAAAUUUAAAGCGUAUUAAGAACGAUAGCCUGGAUAUCCAACUUAAAGUCUUUGAUGAGCAUAAGGAAGAAGAUGUGAUUGAGUUCUCCCAUCGCCUUGAAGAUAUUAGAGCUGAACUGAAUGAAGCAUCCGAUGUUUAUAAUAUGGUGUGGAACACAGUUAAAGAAACAAGAGCAGAAGGAUAUUUUAUUUCUAUUCUUCAGCAUCUUUUGCUUAUUCGAAAUGACUGUUUUAUAAGACAACAGUACUUCAAAUUAAUUGACGAGUGUGUGUCCCAGAUUGUGUUGCAUAGAGAUGGAAUGGAUCCAGACUUUACGUAUCGGAAAAGACUAGAUUUAGAUUUAAGUCAAUUUGUAGAUAUUUGCAUAGAUCAAGCUAAACUAGAAGAGUUUGAAGAAAAAGCAUCAGAACUUCACAAGAAAUUUGAAAAAGAGUUUACUGACCACCAGGAAACUCAGGUUCAAUUGCAGAAAAAGGAGGCAAAGAUUAAUGAGCUUCAAGCAGAGUUACAAGCUUUCAAAGCUCAGUUUGGUGCCUUGCCAAGUGACAUGAAAAUUCCUUCGCUCCAGUCAAAGGAAGAAGGAGCUGACCAGCCCGCACUUCCUUCUGCCCCUCUCCCGCCCUCUUGUGGAGGGGUGCCACCGCCACCACCACCUCCUCCACCUCCUCCACUCCCAGGAAUGCCCAUGCCAUUUGGUGGUCCUGUGCCUCCACCACCUCCUCUGGGCUCUCUUGGUGGAAGAAACACUCCUCCUCCACCAACUUUGCCAUUUGGAUUGAAGCCAAAGAAAGAAUUUAAACCCGAAAUCAGCAUGAGAAGAUUGAAUUGGUUAAAGAUCCGACCUCAGGAAAUGACAGAAAACUGUUUCUGGAUAAAAGUUAAUGAAAAUAAGUAUGAAAAUACGGAUUUACUUUGUAAACUUGAGAAUACAUUUUGUUGCCAACAAAAAGAAAGAAAAGAUGAAGAUUUUGAAGAGAAGAAAGUUAUUAAGAAAAAAAUUAAAGAACUUAAGUUUCUAGAUUCUAAGAUAGCCCAGAAUCUUUCAAUCUUCCUGAGCUCUUUUCGAGUGCCAUAUGAGGAAAUCAAAAUGAUGAUACUGGAAGUGGAUGAAGCACAGUUGGCAGAGUCUAUGAUUCAGAACUUAAUAAAACAUCUUCCUGAUCAAGAGCAAUUAAGUUCUUUGUCUCAGUUCAAAAGUGACUAUAACAACUUAUGUGAACCUGAGCAAUUUGCUGUUGUGAUGAGCAAUGUGAAGAGACUCCGACCACGGCUCAGUGCUAUUCUCUUUAAGCUUCAGUUCGAAGAGCAGGUGAACAACAUCAAACCUGACAUCAUGGCUGUCAGUACUGCCUGCGAAGAGAUAAAGAAGAGCAAAAGCUUUAGCAAGUUGCUGGAACUUGUAUUGCUAAUGGGAAACUACAUGAAUGCUGGCUCCCGGAAUGCUCAAACCUUCGGAUUUAACCUUAGCUCUCUCUGUAAAUUAAAGGACAUAAAAUCAGCAGACCAGAAAACAACGCUACUUCAUUUCCUGGUAGAAAUAUGUGAAGAAAAGUAUCCUGAUAUCGUGAAUUUUGUGGAUGAUUUGGAACCGUUGGACAAAGCUAGUAAAGUCUCUGUAGAAACGCUGGAAAAGAAUUUGAAGCAGAUGGGAAGGCAGCUUCAACAGCUUGAGAAAGAUUUGGAAACCUUUCCCCCUCCUGAGGACUUGCAUGACAAGUUUGUGACAAAGAUGUCCAGCUUUGUUAAGAGUGCCAAAGAACAAUAUGGAAAACUUUCAGAGUUACUUGGAAACAUGGAGAAACUGUACCAGAGUAUAAUGGAAUAUUACGCCAUUGAUGUGAAAAAGGCAUCCGUGGAAGACUUUUUCAUUGACUUGAAUAACUUCAGAACUGCAUUUAUGCAAGCAGUGAAGGAGAACAUCAAAAGAAGAGAAGCAGAGGAGAAAGAAAAGCGUGCCAGAAUAGCUAAAGAAUUGGCGGAGAAAGAAAGAUUUGAACGCCAGCAAAAGAAAAAGCAAUUAAUAGAAAUGAACACAGAGGGCGAUGAGACAGGAGUGAUGGAUAGUCUGCUAGAGGCCUUGCAGUCAGGAGCUGCCUUCCGCCGAAGAAAAAGGACACCGAAACCGACAGCUGAACCGGAUAUUCAGCAGAGUCUCAGUCCAGUGUGUCAGAGGCCUGUUCUGAAAGUUUGUAACCAUGAAAAUCAGAACGUGCAGUUGACAGAAGGGUCAUGUUCACACUACGAUAUCAAUCGCAACUCCACAAGGACUGCAGUCACCAAGGAACUUAAUUAUAAUCUAGACACUCGUACGUCUACAGGGAGGAUCAAGGCAGUGGAGAAGAAGGAAGCCUGUGCUGUGGAGAGCAGCAGAAAAAAGGAAAUGGAACUUCUUGGCUCUGUUUCUAAAAAUGAAUCCAUUCCCGAAGUUGAAGCCCUGCUGGCAAGAUUACGAGCUUUAUAAAUUAGACGGGUAAAAAGUCAUUAAGCCAAAUAUAAAGCCACACGCUAAGCUAUAACACUUGAAAAAAAUGCCUUUAUAUGUGACCUUAUAUAGUUUUAAAUUAUGAUAUAUAUUAGAAAAAUAAAGCUAAACACAUAAUUGCAAUGCUUUUUCUACAUAUGUGAAAUUUUGGCUUAUUCAAAAUUAUAAUGGGCAUUACUGCUGUUUUUGGUCUCUUGGUGUUCAUCUGUUCUAUAUUUGGUGGUUAAAUUAUACACAUUAGAGAGCAGAUAGGUGCCCAUUUAUUCACAAUAUGAGCUAAAGAAAACCAUCUUUCUAAGUCACUGUAAUUUUUGCUUCUUGGACAUUAACAAAUGUCAAAUCAUCAGCCUGCUGUCCUGCUACUAACCAUGUAUAUUCCCUGUUUACUGUUCAUACAUUCCUAGGUGUCUCCAAUAACAUAAAAGCCAUCGUUUUAUAUUUCAGAACUAUAAUGAAAUGACUGAUACAUUCUUUAUCAUCUCUGUUGAAUUUACAUGAACUUGACCUUGUAACAGAUUAUGAAAGAACUUGAGUGCACUGCUGAAAAUGACACACAGCAAUGUGUAUGCACUUUUUUUGCUAAACAUAUGUGUUUUUGUAUCCAGUGGGUAUGUGUGUGUGUAUAUAUAUAUAUACAUAUAUAUAUAUAUAGUAUUACAGGGCUGUUUAAAAUUUAGUCUUAGCCAAGAGAUUACCCCAUCAUCCCCACCCCAGGAAUUAUGACUUCAGAUUAAAGUGGUGGUUUUGAAACUUUCCAAGUAACACAUUUUUUUAUUUCUGUGAAUAAACUUGAAAUUUCAGUUUCCUUGAUCUGACAAUCAGUUACUAGAUCUACAUAAAAGAUUCAAGGAAAGUUUUCCUAUGCAAAUAUUACACUGUACCUCGUUUCGGCAUCAUUCCUUUGUUAAUUCCAUGUCAAAGAAAAUAAACUUGCUACUUGCACUACCUGAAAAAAGUGCGUUCUUCCCUUCCUCCUUCACGUACUGUAAGAAUAAGCUGGAGACGGCUUAUGCUGCGUAGUCUGAGUGUUGCUUUGCUUUGUUGUAAUGAGUAAAUGAAGGCUCUUUUACUGGUGGUUAAAAAGCAGUUUUGUGAAACUAGCCUGGUGAGGUUUACUGCUUUUUAUUUUCUUAUUUAAAUUGCCUCCUCCAUUCAGCUUCAAGUUAAUAAAAUUAAUUAAUUAGAACUAUGAACCAGGACCUGUUUAUAGACCUUGGGGAACAGGUUUUAUCCAUAGCCAAUGUGAGAAAUAAAUUUGUUCCUGUGUGUAUAACUGCAUUUUGGCCUUCAGUUGCAAAUCCUAUUCCCCUCUAACAAAAAAAUAAAAAUAAAAACCAAGAAAGAUGAACGAUAUUUACACAUUAAACAGAGAGAAGCCAUAAGAGCAAGGCAGAACUGUUUUUGAUGAAAAGUAAAAUGAAAGAAUUCUAAAUAAUCUGUUCUUAACAUGACUUUACAAAGACUUGAGUUUUUCAGAAAGAAAAGUUAAAUGUAACCAGAUAGUUUCGGACACACCAGCUACAAGUAAACACUCUGAAUCCUUGGGGCUGCCAAGCAGCCACAGGGGAGAAGCAGCCCUGUGCAUAAACAUAAAGGAAGUAGCGAUGACACAGAUUCCCAGGGGCAGAGGAAGGCAGGAGAGCCCAAAAACAAAGCCGUCAGGCCCCACAGCAUCUGUCUACAGCAACUUCAGGACAGCCUGGGACAAAGCCCAGUGCCAGGGCCAGCAGCCCGAGAGCAGCUCUGGCUUCCUGCAGGCCAGCAGGCAGCACUCCCUUUGGCGGAUGGCUGGAGCUGGCUCAGCUCAGGCCUGAAAGGAAGCACUCACAGCUGUGGAGAGGAAAACCCAAGUGAAAGAUUAACUGCCUAUUCCAGGAACUCAUUUCCUGUUAGAGAUAUUUCCUUGGUAUAGCCCCUUUAACAAAGGGCUGAGCGUUAGGUUUUAAAACUCCUAAUAUUCCUUUAGUCAGUUGUAAAUAAAAAUAGCAAUAAAAAACAAUAGCAGUGACCUUGGAUUUGAUUUUAUGUUUCUGAGCAACCAAAGUUUGUUCCUUGGGAUUAGCAGGUAUGAUGGUUAAUUUUUUGUGUCAACUUGACUGGGAUAGAGGAUACCCCAGAUAACUGGUAAAACAUUAUUCGGUGAGUUUCUCUGGGAGAGAUGAGCACUGGAAUCAAUAAACUGAAUAAAGAAAGUAUGCACCGUCCAGAUUGUGGUGGGUAAAAAUAAUGAACAAAAACUCAGAGGAAAAGUGAAUUUCUCUGCUUGAGCAGGGACAGCUGUCAUAUCCAACCCUUGGACCCGAAGUUUUCCUGGACUCUUCAUAAUAUCUUUCUAUGUACCUAUACAUAUUCAGUUAUUUGUUUUUCUAAUUCAGUAGGUAAAUGCCCAAUUCAAAAACAUGUGCUAGAGCUUGGUGCUCUUGACAAGGAGAUUCUAAGCCAGUGACAAAUCCCUGAUAGAUUUCCUCCCGGUUCUCACAGCACAGUAAAAAAUUUGACUGAAACACACAGAUAAUUGUUCAAUGAGUUAUCCAAAAGCAAAGACAUGCUGCUAACUUUUCUGUCAAAUAUUUAAAGUAGUUUUAAAAUAAGAAAAGCACUCAUUAUAUAUGUCUUUUUCAAACACAAUUGCUUAUUUGGAUGAAAGAUACCCAAAAAUCUAGUGUUUAAUAGGGUACUAGUAAAACAUUCAGAUGGAUUAGAUCCCAUCAUUUGUGAUGUGGGAGAACUGGAGGAUGUUAUCUUAAGUGAGGUAAGCCAAGCACAAAACGACCAGCAAAGUAUGAUCUCACGCAUAUAUGAAAUCUAAAAAAUGUUGAUUUCAUAGAAGCUGAGAGUAAAACUGGUUACCAGAGGCUGGACAGAGUAGCAGGGAAGGGAUGCAUAAAGGUUAUCAAUGCAUACUAAGUUACAGUUAGCAGAAAUAAAUGCUGAUGUCCCAUUGCUGAGACCCAAUACCCAACACCCACAAUGUAAAGGUAUGAGGUUUAAUUUGGCUCAUGAUUUCCAGGCAUUCAGUCCCUGGUAUGCUAGCUCCAAAGUAGAAGCAUCAUGGCAGGAGUGGUAGAAUAAAGAUGCUUAGCUCAUGGCAGCUAGGAAGGGCAUCAGUGUCAGAGAGAAAAGAGACCAGGGAACAGAUACAGUACUGAGGUCACUCCACGACUCGCCUAAAAAUACCCAGAAGUGUGCUUAGUAAUCCACUGGGCAGCUCUCAAGCCAGUCAAGCUAACACAGUUAAACCCAACCACCACAUCUACUGAAUAGUAUGGGCUGCAGUGUGUGUGGUGGGGCGGGGGGAAUGCUAUGGUGUUGGUGGAGAUGUAAAGCAGUACAGCCAUGGAAAUCAGUAUGGGAAUUCCUCGAAGAACUAAAUUAGAAAUUUCAUAUGACCCAGUUAUCCCCAUGCUGUGUGUCUUCACUAAAGAGCUAAAGAUAACUUACUCAGGCUAUACAUGCAUACCAGUGUUUAUAGCAACACAAUUCAUAAUAGCUAAAUCCUGGAUUGCUUUUUAUUUUAAAAUGCCAUAAGCCAAUGUCGCUCUGAGUUUAUUUUGUAGUUAAAAACUAAAUUAUUUUGCCUGUUAUAUACAUCUGUGCUACAUACAAUUACUGAAUGUAUUGAAUUCGUUUACAUAAAUGCAUGAAUAAAUAGUGGAAGCACUUU